UUGGCAAUGUAGGCCUUCAUACACUUUUUGGACGACAGAUCUAUAAAACCAUGAACGUAAUGAAGUUUCAUAUAAGCUUUACGUAAAAAGAAUAUUUUAACAGCGUAUAACAUUUUUUAUAAAAGAAGCCAAGUCUUGCAAUAUAGUUGAUUUACAAGUAUUAAAUCUAAUAACUUUAUCUUGGCAAUUUGACAGUACGUUCUGUAUUUGUUUCCCAAAAAGGUGGGGUUGCUUUAUGCAGAGUGCCAAAUAACCUGUUUUGUUCAUCCAAUAAUGUUGAUAAAUAGUCAAAUUUGACAUGUGUUACAUGAUAACAGAUAAGUUUCAAUUCUUGAAAUCAUGUGGAAAUAUUUUAAUCGUUGACUCGAAUACAAUACAGUUCGAGGCUGUAUCAGUAAUGUGAUUUCGAAAAGUAAUUUUAAGAAAUUUUAAGAAAAUGACAACUGAGCAAAGUGCGCACGAUCAUUCCCUUGCAAUUAGACAAGAAAUACAACGUUUCGAAAGUGUUCAUCCAUCAAUUUACGCUAUUUAUGAUUUAAUAGAUCUGAUAUCUGAUACACACAUUGCAAAACAAAUCCGCGAACAUGUUGUUGCAAUUGAAGAUUCAUUUGUCAAUAGUCAUGAGUGGACAUUGGCUAGAGAUGUUCCAGAAUUACAUUUAGGAAUUAUUGGUUCAUCUGACUCAGGGAAAUCUGCUUUAGUUCAUAGAUAUUUAACUGGUUCAUUUAUGCAUGAAGAAUCUCCAGAAGGUGGUCGCUUUAAAAAGGAAGUCUUUAUCAAUGAUCAGAGUUAUCUCUUGCUAAUUAGAGAUGAGGGUGGUGUACCAGAGUCACAAUUUUCUGCUUGGAUAGAUGCUUUAUUACUUGUAUUUAGUUUAGAGAGUGAGGAAAGUUUCUCAAUAGUUUGCAGUUUUUAUAAUAGAAUGUGUUCAUUUCGAAAUAUGUCAGAAGUACCAAAAAUACUAGUAGGAGUUCAAGAUUCAAUUAAUGAUUCUAAUCCCCGGGUUAUAAAGGAUGUUAGACCACGAAAAUUGGCAUGUGACUUGAGGUGUCCUUAUUAUGAAACAUGUGCUAUUUAUGGUUUGAAUGUUGAAAGGGUAUUUCAAGAUGUGUGUCAAAAAAUUAUACAACAUAUAUCUGCAAAACAUUAUCGAUGUAAUGGACAACAAGCAAUAGACAAUGAAACAAAGUAUUCUGUUCCAAUGAUUGCCAAAAAUACACAACUUCUGACCAAAGAAAUGGAAGCAACAAAUUCGUCAAAAUUAAACGUAUCUGAUAAAGAUGAAGAUUCUAGUAGAUCAUUUCAUCAUAGUUCUACCCAAAAUGAUUCUGGAAUAAUGGGUGACAAUUUUCAUAAUGCACAGAAUCAACAUGGAGAUUUUAGAUCCUCAAUAUUAACACCAACCACUAUCAGGAAAUUUAGAAGAAAGUCUAAUAUAUUUACUCCAUCAAAAAAGGAAAAAUAUAACAUGGGUGAGAUGGGCGUUGGUAGGGAAAUACCUGUUAAACAAGGAUACUUAUUUAAACGCAGUAGUAAAUCUUUAAAAGAAUGGAAAAAGAAAUAUGUUACAUUAUUGGAAGAUGGUCGUUUAACUUAUCAUUCCAGCUUACAUGAUUAUAUGAAUGAUACUAAUGGUAAAGAAAUAUUAUUACAAUAUGUGACUGUAAAAGUGCCUGGAAAAACGCCUAAAGGUUCUAAAUCAUCCAAUGCUCAAGAAGAUAGUUUUGAAUUUUCUAUCAUUUCACUAGAAAAUAAGACAUGGCAUUUUGAAGCAAAUAAUUCUGAAGACAGAGAUAGUUGGAUUUCUGCUAUAGAACAACAGAUAUUAUCGAGUUUACAAAAUAGCGAUGGUGAUAAAAAAAACGAAACUGAUGCUUUCAAAAUGCAUUGUAUAAAGAACAAAGUAUCAGGAAAUGAUGCUUGUGUAGAUUGUGGUGUACCUAAUCCGGACUGGGCUAGUUUAAACUUAGGUGUAUUAAUGUGCAUUGAAUGCUCAGGAAUACACAGAAAUUUAGGUUCACACAUAUCAAAAGUUAGAUCCUUAGACUUGGAUGAUUGGUCCGCAGGUCAGUUAAGUGUAAUGUUAGCCCUUGGUAAUGAUAUAGCAAAUAAUGUUUGGGAAUAUUGUCUAAAUGGGAAACAGAAACCAAAUUCAGAUUCUCCUAGAGAAGAGAAGGAACAAUGGAUCAGAUGGAAAUAUGAAGACAAACUCUUUUUACCACCGAUUAAUCCGAACAUUUCUUUAGGGAAACUGCUUAUUGAUUCGGUUUGCCGGGGUGAUAUGAGAGCAUUUACAUUAUGCUUAGCCAGAUGUAGUUAUGAAGAUAUCAAUAUGCCUGUCAGUAUGGAAGAUUUAAGAACGCCUUUGCAUUUGGCUUGUGCUACAGGAAAUUUAGCUAUGGCACAACUUCUAAUAUGGCAUAAAGCAAAUCCACAAAACUUAGACCAUGAAGGGCGUACGUGUAUGUCAUAUGUACGAGCACUCGAAAGAACGCUUGACAAUUCAUCGGAUUCUAUGGAAAUGCAGAAGCUUCUUGAAGUACUUGAACAAGCUAGUAUUUCUGGAGUAGAUGAUGUAGAAACUUCUCAGUAUUAAAAUUGUUUAUGUUAUGUACUUAUUGCAUGGAAGGUCAUGCUUUAAUUAAUGGCUUAGAGUUGAUAUAAUUUUUAUCAUUAAUAGUACUGAUACUCAUAAAGACAACCAAAGUAUGUUAAAUGGAUUCAAAGCAUAAAACGGUCUAUUUCUAUAAUAUAGAGGACUUACAUUGUAUGUAACAGUAUAUAUCUUUUUAAUGAUGGCUAUAAAGUUCAUAAAAAAUUUGACCAGAUAUUUUAACGAAUAUAACAUACUUUGCAUAUAUAUUUGUACAUUGAAGAGUAGUUUGAAUUAAAAGUAUAAUUCAUACUAUAUAUAUAAAUAUAUAUAUAUUUAACAAGGUUUAGGUCAGUGAAAGUAUUGUCUAAUAGUAAAUUGGAGUGUACAUUAUCAAUGACUGAGAGUACAAACACUCAUAAAUCUAGUUAUAUUUAUACACUGAAUACAUUUAAUGUAUUUGGAAAAUGCUUUUAUAACUUUUAUUUUAUUAAUUAUAAAUUAAACAUAUAAUUACCUCGCAAUAUAAUCGGAUUACUUUUAAUACCUGACCAAAUAAAGUUCUGAAUCUUG